AAUAUAAAUGAAAAGAGCCAAAGGAUUUGGUCAUAUUUUACUAUUUAUAAUGGUUCAAAAACGACCAUUUUUUUUGCGUUUUAUUUUAUUUUGUGCUAUUCAAUUUGUAUGUCUUUUGGAAAUUUGAAGAAAUUUGAGGGUUGUUAACGUCUUUUAAAGUAUCUACCAACUUUUGUACGGGAAGUUGAAUCUUUCCUCUCCUGUGCAUUCUUCUCUCCUCCUUCCAUUGAAGCUCAGAUUCACCCAAAAAAAAAAAAAAAAAAAAAACAGAAGAGAAGAAAAGAAAAAUAACUCUGGGAUGUGCUUCAAGGUCGCUUGGGUCAUCUGGUGUCAGGGGUUGUGGUAUGGCAUGCAUUAUGAUUAUGAUGACUUACAGUAUGGUAAGGAUAGAGUUAGUGUACUUUAUACAAAAUUUUGGACUUCAUUAUUGUACGUCAGAAAUAACUUUGACUUACCAUCUUUUCUCUCCCCCUACUCUCUUUAUCAGUGACGACAAAGAACCUGAGGAUUGUGUUAUUCACUACAAAAUUGAUGUGAUUGGAAUAGCGAUUGAAAUCAAGCCAAAAAAGGAGAUAAUCACGAAUGAUGGUUUAGAGAUUGUCCAAGAGAUGACUUUGAUGAAUGAUAAUAUGGAUACUGUGAUGCUUACCAUGUGGAACCAAUUUGUGAACAAUGAAUGUACUCAAAUUUUGAAUAUUAUGAAUAGAAAACCAAUCAUAAUUGGAUGUCGACUUAAAGUUAGCUCAUAUAAUGGUAUCUCACUUUCAACCAAAUUCUCCAGUUCAUUUGUUAUUGAACCGGAGAUACCACAAGCAGCUGCUUUAUCAAUUUGGUAUAAUGCUAAUGCUGAAAAAGCCAUGGACAUAAUAUGUGGAAGGAUUGGUCUUGAGACAAAGUCACUGUCUACACUUCCUUCUGCUGAGGACAUCAUUACCAUUAAGAUGAUAGAUAAUCAACUUAAUACGAGGAGAAGUUUUUGGAUCAAUGGUCACAUCAAAGUGACAAAUUUGAUUCAACCUUUUUGGUACUUAAGCUGUGAAAAAUGCACAAAAGCAACUGGAUAUGAAUUUGAACAGAGGUUUAACUGCUUGUAUUGCAGACAUGAUCAAGUUAAAGCUAUGCCAAGGUGCCGAGUCAUUGUUGAUUUGAUAGAUGAGUCUUCAUCAUUGAAUGCUACAUUGUUCGGAAAUCAAGCUGAAAAUUUUCUUGGUUGCACUGCAUAUGAGUUGAUGAAUAAAUCUGAUGGGGAUUCUGUUAAAGAUAUUGAAAAAUAGCGCUGAAUCUACAUUAUCCAAUAGCGCUGAAUCUUGAAAGUUCUCAUUUACAAUUUGCUGAAGGGAGUAGGAAGCAGUUUGCCGAGCUUAAAGACAAUGCUUAAUUUGUUAUCAUGGGAACCAUCUUUUUGUUAAUGUGGACAUGAUAGAUUACUAUCAGUUCAUAAGUAGAUUAUUAUCAGUCUUUUGUGAACUUAUAGCAUAUUUAGACUAUACUAUGAUAGUAACACUAAUAUUAUUAUUUUGUACAUUGCAAGAUGUAAUAGAAAAUUGAUUUAGGUAUAACCUAAUACAUUUCUAUUAAAUCUUGCAAUUUAUCUUUGGAAGAUAGCAAUGAUGCUAAGAUAGAUUCAUCUAUGACACAA